AUGCUGCUAGCAAUCGGUGUGUUCGUAACAACCCAUAUUGGAAUCCACGGAAAUAUGGAAUCGGCUAAGCGGAACGCAUUGCUGGCACGAGACGGCAGGGCGCCGUUGCUAUCGCGCUACGGAAAACGUACCUUUCAAGCACCGAUCGAGGAUCUAACCGGAUUUGGCAACAUCGAGGAGGUGGCGACGCCAGAGGGUUCGCUUUUUAUUGCAAUAUAA